AAGACUGUUCUAUAUACAUCUGUGUCUCUUUUGCGGUCUCGCAUACAGGGUUAUCAUUGCCAUCAACUGAUGAAUUUUUAACUUUCCCCAUAAGCAGUGAAAAAUUUCAACAAAGUGAACAGUCCCCUAUCUUAACAUUAUUUUUAAUGAUACAAAAGAAAAAUGAAACAUUUAAAUAACAAAGAUACAAGCGCACAAAUUGGGUACAACAAUUUGAGUCUGUUGGAGGCCACGCGGUGGCGCUGCAGGCUAAAGAGACGGGGGUAAAAACCUGAACGAACUGAGAGUGCUGCGGUGAGUCACUGACAUAAAAAGGAAGAUUGCGGCAGGUAGACCAGGGAGAAAAGCUAUGUAGCAACCCAAGAUUAGAAAAGGGGGUUAUAAAACAUACCCAGACCUUUGCUACUACACGGUGUAGAUCUGCGGUUUGCGACUGCUGUUUAUUUACAGUGGAAUCGGUGAUUGUUACCAAUAUUAAUGAAAGACGUGUUCAGAAGCAGCUAUGGAGGCUAGACGAUUUCCCUGCUCAAGACAAAGGCAAGUCCUGUUUCUUCUUCUGUUUGGGGGAGUAUCCUUGGCAGGCUCUGGGUUUGGACGUUACUCGGUGACAGAGGAAACAGAGAGAGGAUCCUUUGUAGUCAAUAUAGCUAAGGAUCUGGGGCUGGGGGACAAGGAGUUGCUUGCAAGGGGAGCGCGGGUGGUCUCUGAUGAUAACAAACAACACUUGCUCCUGGACUCUCAAACUGGGGAUUUGCUUACAAAUGAAAAACUGGACCGGGAGAAGCUGUGUGGCUCCAGAGAACCCUGUAUGCUGUAUUUUCAAAUUUUAAUGGAUAAUCCCUUUCAGAUUUACCGGAUUGAGCUGAGGGUGAGGGACAUAAAUGAUCAUUCACCAGUUUUUCGAGACAAAGAGACAGUCUUAAAAAUAUUAGAAAAUACAGCUGAAGGGACCUCAUUUCAACUAGAAAGAGCACAAGAUUCAGAUGGAGGACUUAAUGGUAUCCAGAACUAUACUAUCAACCUCAACUCUUUUUUCCAUAUUAAAAUUAGUGGCAGUGAUGAAGGCAUAAUAUAUCCAGAGCUAGUACUGGACAGGGCGCUGGAUCGGGAGAAACAGCAAGAGUUCAGCUUAACACUCACAGCGCUGGAUGGUGGGUUGCCACCCAGGUCUGGAGCCACUAAUAUACACAUUGUGAUCCUGGAUGUCAACGACAAUGCCCCUCAGUUUUCACAGGCAAUCUAUGAGACCCAGGCUCCGGAGAACAGCCCAGUAGGGUCCUUUAUUGCUCAAGUCUCUGCAGGAGAUGCAGACUCUGGAAUCAAUGCAGACAUAUCCUAUUCAUUUUUUGAUGCUUCUGAAGAUAUUCUAACAACCUUUCAUAUCAAUCCUUUUUCUGGAGAAAUCAUACUCAGACUGUUGCUUGAUUAUGAACUAGUAAAGUCUUACAAAAUAAAUAUACAGGCAAUCGACGGUGGGGGCCUUUCUUCAAAAUGCUCAGUUUGGGUCGAGGUAUUAGACACCAACGACAAUGCCCCUGAACUGAUCAUAUCAUCACUUUCCAACCAUGUGGUAGAGAACUCUCCUGAGACAGCAUUGGCUGUUUUUAGGAUUAAAGACAGAGAUUCGGGAGAAAAUGGAAAGACAGUUUGCUUCAUUCCAGACCAUCUGCCGUUUCUUCUGAAACCCUCUGUGGAGAAUUUUUACAUCCUAAUGACAGAAGGGGCACUGGACAGAGAAAGGCAAGCAGAGUACAACAUCACCAUCACGGUCACUGACAUGGGAACCCCCAGACUGAAAACCGAGCACAACAUAACCGUGCUGGUGGCCGACGUCAACGACAACGCCCCCGCCUUCACCCAGACCUCCUACACCCUGUGGGUCCGCGAGAACAACAGCCCCGCCCUGCACAUCGGCAGCGUCAGCGCCACAGACUCAGACACCGGCGCCAACGCCCAGGUCACCUACUCGCUGCUGCCGUCCUCCGACUUGCCUGUGCCCCUCGCCUCCCUCGUGUCCAUCAAUCCCGACAACGGCCACCUCUUCGCCCUCACGUCCCUGGACUACGAGGCCCUGCGGGCCUUCGAGUUCCGCGUGGGCGCCACCGACCGCGGCUCGCCGGCGCUCAGCAGCCAGGCGCUGGUGCGCGUGCUCGUGGCGGACGCCAACGACAACGCGCCCUUCGUGCUCUACCCGCUGCAGAACGCCUCGGCGCCCUGCACCGAGCUGGUGCCCAGGGCGGCCGAGCCGGGCUACCUGGUGACCAAGGUGGUGGCGGUGGACGGCGACGCGGGCCAGAACGCCUGGCUGUCGUACCAGCUGCUCAAGGCCACGGAGCCCGGGCUGUUCGGCGUGUGGGCGCACAACGGCGAGGUGCGCACGGCGCGGCUGCUGAGCGAGCGCGACGCGCCCAAGCAGCGGCUGGUGGUGCUGGUCAAGGACAACGGCGAGCCGCCGCUGUCGGCCAGCGUCACGCUGCACGUGCUGCUGGUGGACGGCUUCUCGCAGCCCUACCUGCCGCCCCAGGAAGCGGAAGCGGCGGCCGCGGCGCCGGCCGACCCGCUCACCGUCUACCUGGUGGUGGCCUUGGCGUCGGUGUCGUCGCUCUUCCUCUUCUCGGUGCUGGUGUUCGUGGCGGUGCGGCUGUGCAGGAGGGGCGGGGCGGGCUCGGCGGGUCGCUGCCCGGUGCCCGAGGGCCACUUCCCGGGCCACCUGGUGGACGUCAGCGGCACGGGGACCCUGUCGCAGAGCUACCAGUACGAGGUGUGUCUGACGGGAGGGACUGGGACGAAUGAGUUCAAAUUCUUGAAGCCGAUUCUCCCCACUGUUCAGGCACAAGAUCCUGGGAGAAAUAGUGACGAAAAUCCCACAUUUCGCAAUAGCGUUGCAUUUAAUAUUCAGUAAAAUUUUUUCUAUGUGUUCACGUAUUUUUGAAAUGUUAUGAAACUAUAUCAAUAUUAGUUUAGUUUUAUUACUCCAAGUUAAAUUAUUUUGCAACUUAAAGCCUUAUUUUAAAGUACUAUAUGAUCUUAAAAUAUUAUUUCAUUCUUUUUUCCCCAUUAAACAGGUUAGUUGUAAUCAGUACCCCAUCUAAAUAUUAGUUUGUAUGUUUAGUUCCUUCAAAAUGUACAAGAGUUUAGUACUAUUUUCAUUCUAGAAAACAGGUUGAUUUUUUUUUCCUAGUACAUUUCAUAGACUGAAUCUCAUUAUCUUAUACACCUACAUUACUUCCUUUACCUAAGAAGACGUACCUGCAUGUCUUGACCUUACUAAAAUAUUUAAUCAUGAUAAGAAACUGUAUCAUCUAGCUCUAAAGGAUAUUUUAAAAGAAAUAUUUCUCUAUUAUUCUGCUCAUGAUAAAAUGCAACAUCACUGGUAGGAUUCCCUGGUGGUCCAGUGGUAAGGACCUAGAGCUUUCACUGUCUGCACCUGGGUUCUUCACUGGUCAGGGAACUAAGAUCUGGCAAGCUGCCUGUGUAGCCAAAAACAUUCCAAACAACUUAAAUAAACAAACCAAAACCAUGAAGCAUCAUUUUGUGAGCAACAUUAUAAUAUCCUUGUGUUCAUAUUAGAAGAUUUAGCUUAGGGACCAGGGACUCCCUGGUGGCUCAGAUGGUAAAGAGUCUGCCUUCAAUGCAGGAGCCCCGGGUUGGGAAGAUCUCCUG